AAGGAAUCUGUGUUCUAGCUAGCUAUUAAGUAGUGAGCGAUGUAGUGUUUCUCCCGUCUUCAUGUGGGGCAGAUAUCUAUCUGUUAGCAGUAGUUGUACAGGGUUACUAGGUGUAGUAGGGACUUGGAGCAUUAUGUGCAGCGCUCGGAGUUAUUAGCACUGACUUUUCUGUGAACUUAUGGCACACUGUGAUGUUGGAGUUGUGAGUGUAUUUUCUGGUGCAGGAUUUUAUCAAUUGCUUCUGAAAUUUAUAUUUAAAAAGCCAUCCAAGGGACAUUCUACGAAUUUCAAGGUAUGAUGAGCUAGAUGAGAGAUAGACCUAUAACACUACAGUGAGUAAACAGAGAGUAGAGGGAUAUAUAUAAACAGUGGACUGUCAGAAAGUGAUACCGUGAUGCUGGACCAGACAUACAGUCACAAGUAGAAAGUAAAUAGUCCCAUGAAGCACUUUAUAGGAGCUCAGAUAAAUGCAUUGGUGAAUUCUAUAACCAAUUGGAGGGCUUAUGCUGUUUUGUCAAUAGUGAUUAAGUGUUAAUAAUUAUUUGUUGAUAUUGCUUCAGGAAUUGGGGGGAUAAAAUGGAAAUUUCUGCAAAAGUGGAAAAUGUUGGAAAUUACUUGAAAGAUUGAAAAAAAAAGAACUUGGAAAUUUCUUCAAGGAGUGGAACAAUUUUGAAAGGAGUGGGAAAUCAUCUUAUUUCUGUGAAACUUUGCAUUGCGUUUGUAACAGUUGUGAUAGCGCAUUUUGUACUUUUUUCAAAGAAGAGACUCUUUUAAGGUUUUCUCUAGAAGAGAUUGCUUUUCAUCCAGAAUUAAUUCAUCUUGAGAAGCUCUGGUGUGGAAGUGAAGCUUCACAGUGACAAUGAAUGCCUGUAUUGUUUGGAAUAAGCUCAUCUUCCUGGUUUGUGCUGUUUUACAAGUGAGUCAAGCAGCUCAGAUGAAAAACAUUUAUGUCAGUGGUUGCAAUGAUGAUGAAAUCAAACUAGAAUGUCCAGACAAACACAAGAUUGCCAUCAAAAGAGUGUAUUAUGGAGCCAAAUUAGACUCUAAUUGUAGCAAGCGGAGUCCACUUUGGUCAUCUGGGUGCUGUGAACGAGGGAAAGGAGACUGUCUUGUCCCUAACUCUGAUAUUUACACCACCAUGAACAUCCGAUGCUCAGGGUACCAGAACUGUCAGACAAAGGUGGAGAGGAUUCGAACCAAGCACCACUGUGCUAGGGAAAUUAAACAUACCACUUACAUGACUGUGGUCUACAGCUGUGUUGCUGAGUCUGACAUAGCCCAAUUCUGCAACAAUGAAAUCAAACAAGGGCAAGAACUCUACCUCUCCAACCAAAACUACCCCCUCCCAAUCAAAGGAGGAGGUCAGUAUUGUAAAUGUCUGGUGAGGUCCAGCACGGGGAUCUCCAUCAACAUCAUAGACAUCAUGAUUACCCUGCCAGAGAAAACUGACAUGUGCCCCCAGCAGCUCCGUAUUUCUGAUUCUUCCUCCCUCCCCAGCGUGGUGGUCCAGUGUGGACAGAACGGGAUGUACGGGUUCCGAAACCUCUAUCACAGGAUGGUGACCAAUUUGACCGUUACACUGGACAGUAGGUCGGAGGAUUCUAGGGGGUAUAUUUGGAUAAAUGUCAGAGCUCAACAACCAGAGGAUUACGUAGUUAUUUACUGUGGGGAAGCCAUGGACCAGCUACUGUAUAGGAAUAUUACAAAGGGGGUGUCCUCCGACAGCCCCCAGGUCACAGUAUCACCCCUGGGGACUGUAUCCCCCUCAGGAAAUGGGACCGUGCCGGAUGAGCUAACAGAAAGUCAGAUUAUUCCAGAUAUGAUAGCCAUAAUAGGAGGGGUGGCGGGAGCAAUGGCUGUUAUCCUUAUUGUGUGUGUAGUAGCCAUAGCUGUCCACUGUACUCGUGAGAGAGAAAGGAGUAACCUUCCUAAGAUGCCGGAGGUGAUUCCGUCUCCGAUGGUACGAGGCAAGGUGUACCAUCCUGAUGAUAAAAAUGCCACUCAUAAGAAAUACCAAUAUGAGGAGGACCGAUACUGCUCUAUCAAACGCAGUCCUAUGAAAUUGACCAACUUCUCUGAACUAGACGAUGAGGCAGAUAAAAAACUCAAAGAGGCUUUCCUACAGGGGCCAGCUGAGGAAAUAGACCCAGAGCCUCCAGUCUCACCAAUCAAUCAGGUCAAGGUCAAUGGGGUGCCUCCAAGGCCUCGUAGUCCAGAGUUACCACUCCUGUUGGAUCCACCUCCUGAUUACUGCUCUGUACCUGAGAGUGACCCAGAGAGAUAUUUCACAAUGAAUCCACAGAAACCAUUGUCUGAAAUGACAGAAAUUCGGGUGAUUUCCUCACUCCCUCAGAGGGGACACAAAAGUAAAAAACCUAAAACAGUGACAUUUUCACCCGUAGCUUUAGUGACACCCCUCCCCUCGGGCUCAGAGGAAUCAAUCGGUUCUGAGGGGGACAGAAACUUAGCGAACAUCAUUGACUCUUACCAGUGCUUACAUGAUGAUGACUUUCCCCCUAAAAAGCCCAUUAUUUUACCCCCUCCCAAUGAAACGGGGGAGUUUGCCUCUAUACAUGGCCCCAACGAGACAGAAAUAGCAGAAAUGCAGGAGCUGUGGAACACAUUGGGAAGUCCAUCUGUUUCCACGACGCUCGAUGAUGGAGCUUACGAUAACAUAGACUAUCUGCUGGCUCAGAAUAAAUCCAGACAUGAAAAUGAAGUUUAAAUUUAGUGAUCUAUGAAACUUUAUCUUGAUUUCAUCUUUUUUUCCAUCUUGGAAAUAAUAUGUGUAUAUAUGGAACAGAAAUGUAGGUUUUUUUUGCGGUCCAAGAUUAGGUAACGGUAGAACGACAUUGUUCAUUUAAGUGCACUUACAACAUGUUUUUUAAUAUGUGUAUUCUUAUGACAAAGGUAUGUAAUUGUAUUAUUACUCAGUCCUGUACAUAAAAAGACAAUUAAUCUAUGAAUGUGUAUAUAGUUCAAAAGUAUAAUAAUUAAUAUAUUAAAACUCUUUUAAAUAAAAAAGUGAAAUAAAUUUCAAGUAGUAUUUUCACAUUAUCUUUUUAAAAACUGUACCUUGUACAUGUACAUGUUAUACUAUUAAGGUCUUUUUUUAUUUGAAUGCAUGUUUAAUCAUUCGUUCUCUGUUAGAUCAGUAUGUUUUAUUUGAAUUCAUAUGAAGACCAAAGCUACAAUUAUAUGCACACACACACUGCCAGAAACUCAUUUUGUGAUGUGUACAAUGUGUUCACAAUUUUCUAUUCUAUUAUAGUAUGAAGCAUUUUAAUAUAUACAUCAAUACAAAGAUGCUCAAUAUGACAAUCAAAAUACCAAAGGAAUUGUAAGCCAUUCAGCCAUUUUUUUUAUACACUGGAUUUAUACAUUAUUAAUUAGGCUAGUCAAAUGUGAUGUAUUCAUGACAAUUAAUCAUCAAUGUUUUUUUUUUUUGAGAACUGAUUUUAUAGACUUAAAUUGAAUUUGGGACCCAUUAUUUACAUCAUAUGGAAACAUCAAAUACAUUUUCCAAAGCUUUUUUUUUAUCAAUGUCAUUUUUUCAUAAUAUCAUUUUGAUUUCUUGUAAAUAUUUAUUAAACAUACAGACACUGAAAUAAAUAAGUUGUACUCUUCUUGAAAUUUUGAUAACAUUUUGUUACAAUUUAAUUAAUUUGACUUGUUAAUGAAUAUUCUUUUGGCUACCAAUUUCUGUUCAGCCUAAUUGCUAUCACAUAUUUUGCCUCAUUGCAUAACUGGUAACUGAUCUGUAAAUAAAAUUAAACAAAAAAUA